AGAGAGAGAGAGGGAGAGGGAGAGAGGAGCAGCAGGGGCAGAAAGGGAGGGAAGCAGAAAGCCAAGUCCGAGGGAAGGAGCAGGAGAGGCUAGAAAUAGGGGAAGGAGCCUGAGAGAGGAGCAACAGCUUUCCGGAGCAGGCUGCACUGAACUGGCUGGCUUCUACUUGAUUUUUCUUUUCCUUUUUAUUUUUUAAAGAGAAGCAGGGAACAGAAGCAAUGGCCGAGGGAGAAGACAAGCCGAGGUGCUGGUGACCCUGGGCGUCCAAGUGGAUUAUUGGGGCUGCUCUCCAAGGGCCUGUCCUCCCGGCCUUCCAAUUGCACAUAAGCCCCCUUCCCAGCCAAUGAAGACGAGAGGCAGCGUGAACAAAGUCAUUUAGAAAGCCCCCGAGGAAGUGUAAACAAAAGAGAAAGCAUGAAUGGUGUGCCAGAGAGACAAGUGUGUCCUGCGCUGCCCCCACCUUUAGCUGGGCCAGCAGCCUCCCAGCCCUGCCUCUCCCCACCUACUCACUGGUGAUCUGACUUUUUUUUUUUUUUAACAUUUUUUUUUUCUUUUCUUUUCCAUUCUCUUUUCUUAUUCUCCUUCGGGGCAAGGCAAGGAUUUUGAUUUGGGGCCCCAGCCAUGGUCCCUCUGCUCCUUCUUUAAAAUACUCACUUUCUCCCCAUCGCCAAGCGCCGUUUGGCAAUAUCAGAUAUCCGCUCUAUUUAUUUUUACCUAAGGAAAAACUCCAGCUCCCUUCCCACUCCCAGCUGCCUUGCCUCCCCUCCCAGCCCUCUGCUUGCCCUCCACCUGGCCUGCUGGGAGCCAGAGCCCAGCAGAACCUGUUUAGACACAUGGAGAAGAAACCCAGAGCUGCAAGGCACACAGCCGGCUUCUUCGUGCUCAGGGUUGCCAGCGCUUCCUGGAAGUCCUGAAGCUCUCGCAGUGCAGUGAGUUCAUGCACCUUCUUGCCAAGCCUCAGUCUUCGGGAUCUAGGGAGGCCGCCUGGUUUUCCUCCCUCUUUCUGCACGUCUGCUGGGGUCUCCUCCUCGCCAGGCCUCGCAGCCCCCCUGGCCUCUCUCCCCGGCUCGCGCAUGAAGAUGCACUUGCAAAGGGCUCUGGUGGUCCUGGCCUUGCUGAACUUUGCCACGGUCAGCCUCUCUCUGUCCACUUGCACCACCUUGGACUUCGGCCACAUCAAGAAGAAGAGGGUGGAAGCCAUUAGGGGACAGAUCUUGAGCAAACUCAGGCUCACCAGUCCCCCCGAGCCAUCGGUGAUGACCCACGUCCCCUACCAGGUCCUGGCCCUUUACAACAGCACCCGGGAGCUGCUGGAGGAGAUGCACGGGGAGAGGGAGGACGGCUGCACUCAGGAAAACACGGAGUCGGAGUACUAUGCCAAAGAAAUCCAUAAGUUCGACAUGAUCCAGGGCCUGGCGGAGCACAAUGAGCUGGCCGUCUGCCCCAAAGGAAUCACCUCCAAGGUUUUCCGCUUCAACGUGUCCUCAGUGGAGAAAAAUGGAACCAACCUGUUCCGAGCAGAAUUCCGGGUCUUGCGGGUGCCCAACCCCAGCUCCAAGCGCAACGAGCAGAGGAUCGAGCUCUUCCAGAUACUCCGGCCGGAUGAGCAUAUCGCCAAACAACGCUAUAUCGGUGGCAAGAACCUGCCCACGCGGGGCACCGCUGAGUGGCUGUCUUUUGAUGUCACUGACACUGUGCGUGAAUGGCUCUUGCGAAGAGAGUCCAACUUAGGUCUGGAAAUCAGCAUCCAUUGUCCAUGUCACACCUUUCAGCCCAAUGGAGAUAUCCUGGAAAACAUUCACGAGGUGAUGGAAAUCAAAUUCAAAGGUGUGGACAGUGAAGAUGAUCAUGGCCGUGGAGACUUGGGGCGCCUCAAGAAGCAGAAGGACCACCACAACCCUCAUCUAAUCCUCAUGAUGAUUCCCCCACAUCGGCUGGACAACCCGGGCCAGGGGGGUCAGAGGAAGAAGCGGGCCCUGGACACCAAUUACUGCUUCCGCAACUUGGAGGAGAACUGCUGUGUGCGCCCUCUCUACAUUGACUUUCGACAGGAUCUGGGCUGGAAAUGGGUCCAUGAGCCUAAGGGCUACUAUGCCAACUUCUGCUCAGGCCCUUGCCCGUACCUCCGCAGUGCGGACACAACCCACAGCACGGUGCUGGGACUGUACAACACCCUGAAUCCCGAAGCAUCUGCCUCACCUUGCUGUGUGCCCCAGGACUUGGAGCCCCUGACCAUCCUGUACUAUGUCGGGAGGACCCCCAAGGUGGAACAGCUCUCUAACAUGGUGGUGAAGUCCUGUAAGUGUAGCUGAGGCCCCGCCUGUGACGUUGAGAGAGGAGAGAGAAGUGCCACUGCCUGCCUGCCUGCUCCUCGGGAAACACAAAAGCAACAGACCUCACCUAGAGGCCUGGAGCCACAACCUUCAGCUCCAGGCACAUGGCUGAGAUGGAGGUUCCGGAACCUCCUGGAACAUUUCUCUUUCUUGCUGGCUCUGAGAAUCACUGUGGUAAAGAAAGUGUGGGUUUGGUUAGGGGAAGGCCGAACUCUUUAGAACACACAGAUCUUCUGUGACAUAGACAGAGGUGGUGGGGACAGAGGAAGAGGGAUGACAAGUCGACACGUCGUGCAGCAGUGGGAUUUGGGAUAUCCUAGGGAGGACGAAGGGCAGAGAAUGGCCAGGACAGGGCCAGACUGGAAGACACUGCUGAGCUGAGGUCAGCUUUGCUCAUCGCUGCCCCUCAUCUGCUCUAGGGAAUCUGGACUACGUUAUACAAGGCAAGCAUUUUUCUUCAGACAGGUUACCAAGACAAAGUCCCAGAAUUGUAUCUCACACUCCCUGGGAUUCAGGACAAAUCUGUUCUUUUUGCAAAUUUUCCCCUUGACAUCAAUCAGCAUCAAGGGUCAUUACAGGGAGAAAAUCCAGGUAAUGUAGUUCCAGGGCCGUCACCUAUACUGGGCCCUGUGGAUAUGCUGAACUCAGAAGCAGAAGGUGGGAAUUAACCCUCUCCUGUCUGCCCUCUGGGGGCCUCCUCUCGCCUUCUUCCUCCCCUUGGACAUCUGGCUAGACACCUUCCAGGUCAGGGUGCACGUGUCUGGAUCUUGGGUCUGUGCAGCCUUGGGGCCAUGUGGGUUCUGCCCUCGCUCCCCAAGACCCUGUGCUCAUCUAGUGUUCCUGGAAGCAGGUGCUAAACAUGUGAGGCACGCGGGGAAGUCGACAUGUGCCACACAAUGACUUGGCCCCAGAUGCAUAGACUGAGGUAUAAAGACAAAUACAGAUAUUACUCUCAAAAUCUUUGUAUAAAUAAAUAUUUUUGGGGAAUCUUGGAUCAUUUCAUCUUCUGGAAGAUUGUUUCUAGAACAGUAAAAGCCUUAUUCUAAGGUGUAA